GGCCCGUAUCGCCCGCCGGCGUCACGGCUGGAUCCGCCUCGGAAUCGUAGUCGGAGUUUCUGACUCGGAUUCCGAGUCGGACGGCGCCCCCGGGAGACGCCGGGUGCGCGGCCGGCGCGCGGGCCUGCCGCUGCGCCUCCCCUCGGACCCCCCUGGGGCCCCCAAGAAGGCCCCGCAGCCGCUUGGCCUCGAGCCAGUCGACCUCGGCUCCGUUGGCGCUCCGCCGUGCGAUUCUGCUGCAGGCAUGCCGCCCGCCUUUGCUGGCCUGCCGAUGUGCCUCCUGGCCGCCGGGUCCAUGGCCUCGGGCGCUCUGGCCGAAGAGGGUGCCGCCAGUGGAAGCCGCCGCUUCCUCGCGAGGGCCCAGGGCGAAGGCCAGGAGUGCGGCAGCAGCGGCUCGGAUGGCCACUUCUACGGGGACUGCUCCGUCGGGCUCGAGUGCGUGCCCCCGGCCGAUGGCGCUGCGUCGGGCAGCCCCGGCGUCUGCCGCAGGGUGUGCGGAAGCUUCGGAGCCGGCGGGGACCACGUCAACGGCACCUGCGGCGCGGGCCAGAAUUGCUCCGGCAGGGCCGCGACGCCGUGCAGGGAGGGGGCCGGCGGAUGCUACAUGUACUGCGACAGCGCCGGCGGCCGCCCUGCGCAGGGCGAGGGGCAGGAGUGCGGCAGCAGCUCCUCGGGGGACUUCUUCGGUGGCUGCUCCUCGGGGCUCGCGUGCGUGGCUCCUGCUGCGGGCUCGCCGUCGGGCGCGCCGAGCACCUGCCAGCGGGCGGGGCAGCAGGAGGCGCCUCUGCUGGCCGGCGCCGCGCGGCCGACCGCCUGGUUCGUGACGCGCCAGCGGUGCGGGGGCGGCGGCCCCCUCAUGAGGCUCUGGGCCGGGCAGUGCCAGCCGGCGAAGUGGGACCGCGGCCUCUCGGUGAUGUACACCUGCGGCGGCGACGUGCGCAACUCGGACGCCAACCUCACCCAGGUGGUGUACGGCGACGCGGUCUGUGGGGGCGCCCCCCUGCGCACCAAGACCAUGCGGCCGGGCGAGUGCACGGGCUUCCCGGACAUGGACGGGGAGGCCAGCUGGUUCUGCAAGUGCGGGUUCCAGCCGAGCGGCGGCGCCGGGCCCCUGACCAACUACCAGUCCUGCUGAGGCUGGGCCCCCUCUCCUCGCGGAGCGCCGCACCGGGCAGUGGAACCCAGCCCCGUGCUGCUCUGGCGGGUGGCCGCUGCGGCGUGCAGGGGGCGGGGCGCUGCUGCUGCUGCUGCCGCCUAGGACGGCGCUCUUCGUUGUGCUCGCCUCCUGUGUUGCACCGAAGCAGGCGCUGCCACGGCUCUGUCCACGGGCGCGUCCCCCUCCAAAGGGUGGGUGGCGCGGGAGCUCGCCUUGCCGAUCGCUGUAGCGGUGGCUUUACAGACGCUGCACGUGACAGCAGUUCGGCUUGCAGCAGUGGAGGCCCUUGGGGCUCCCCCUGGUCCCCAGCGCCAUGUUUACAGGGGCGGCGCCGGUUUUGGUCGACGUAGCUUCGACCGUGGCCAGGAAGACUGCACGCUGGCCGGCAGCGAGGCUGGGACAAACGGGCCCUUAAGAGGCCCCCAGGAGACCCCCAAUACGCCCACAGUAAGUUCCCCAGUAGACCCGAAGAAACACAUGAGAGGUCUCUGGUCCGCG